AUGGUAUGUUCACAAUCUUUGCGGCCAUAUCUUCAAUGCGUUCGUUCGUCUCUAACCGCCGCCCUUGCGGUAUCGAACUUCGCCUCUCAAACUUCCGAGCGACAUAACGUCCCAGAAAUAGAGGCAGCCACUUCACCUGAACUUCUCCUCAACCCACUUACAGUUGCGCGAAACGAAAAAGAGAAAGUCCUUAUAGAGCCUAGCGUGAAUAGUGUUCGUGUUAGCAUUCGCAUCAAGCAGGCAGACGAAAUCGAACAUAUCCUGGUACACAAAUUCACCAGGUUCCUAACACAGAGAGCAGAGGCGUUUUUUAUCCUACGACGGAAACCUGUCAAGGGUUAUGAUAUCUCAUUCCUGAUCACAAACUUCCACACCGAGGCUAUGCUAAAACACAAGCUGGUUGACUUUAUUAUCGAGUUUAUGGAGGAGGUUGAUAAGGAAAUAUCUGAGAUGAGACUUUUCUUAAAUGCUCGCGCACGAUUUGUUGCGGAAUCCUUUUUGACUCCUUUUGAUUAG